GCACCGUUUCGAGUAGAUGUCCUGAAUGGGUGGGAGAUGUACUGGGCCGUCUUCACCACCAGCUGGAGGGCCUUGCGGUCGUGGGUAGAACAAUUCCCGUACCAGGCCGUGAUGCAACCGGUCAGAACGCUCUCAAUGGUGGGUGCAGCAGUAGUGUUUGGAGAGGACCCGGGGUGCCUUCUUCAGCCGCCUUAAGAGGGCACAACAACGUUUACUUCCUAACAAGAGUGGUGGUGUUGUUGGUCCAUGGCAAGUCCUCGGUGAUGUGGACACCGAGGAACCUAAAACUCGUGGUUCCGGCUGAUGACCCGUCUCCAAAGCUGAGAGAAAAUGAGGAAUAUGACUUUGUUUACAAUACUACCACUAAUGUUUCGAACUGUAUUGAUGAGGAAGAUGAGUCCGGACUUAUCAACUGUUGCUAUACUGUGUUCAGUCAAAUUUACAGUGCCACUUUGUUACCAGAAACUAUUCACAUGUUCAAAAAGGUAUUGUGCAAAUAAACUCAGGAAAUGAAAAGAAACAUCCUCUCGCUGUCAACUGCGUUUAUUUUCAGCAGACUUAACACGUGUAAAUAUUUGUGUGAACAUAACAAGAUUCAACAACUGAGACAUAAACGGAACAUGUUCCACAGACAUGUGACUAACAGAAAUUGAAUAAUGUGUCCCUGAACAAAGGGGAGGUCAAAAUCAAAAGUAACAGUCAGUAUCUGGUAUGGCCACCAGCUGUAUUAAGUACUGCAGUGCAUCUCCUCCUCGUGGACUGCACCAGAUAUGCCAGUUCUUGCUGUGAGAUGUUACCCCACUCUUCCACCAAGGCACCUGCAAGUUUCCGGACAUUUCUCCAAAUCGAUCCCGCUCCAGAGUACAGGCCUCGGUGUAAUGCUUAUCCCUUCAACGAUAAACGCAAAUCCGACCAUGACCCCUGGUGAGACAAAACCAUGACUCGUCAGCGAAGAGCACUUUUUGCCAGUCCUGUCUGGUCCAGCAACGGUGGGUUUGUGCCCUUAGGCAACGUUGUUGCUGGUAAUGUCUGGUGAGGACCUGCCUUACAACAGGCCUACAAGCCCUCAAUCCAGACUCUCUCAGCCUAUUGCAAACAGUCUGAGCACUGAUGGAGGGAUUGUGCGUUUCUGGUGUAACUCGGGCAGUUGUUGUUGCCAUCCUGUACCUGUCCCGCAGGUGUGAUGUUCAGAUGUACCGAUCCUGUGCAGGUGGUCUGCCACUGCGAGGACGAUCAGCUGUCCGUCCUGUCUCUCUGUAGCGCUGUCUUAGGUGUCUCACAAUACGGACAUUGCAAUUUAUUGCCCAGGCCACAUCUGCAGUCCUCAUGCCUCCUUGCAGCAUGCUUAAGGCACGUUCACGCAGAUGAGCAGGGACCCUGGGCAUCUUUCUUUUGGUGUUUUACAGAGUCAGUAGAAAGGCCUCUUUGGUGUCCUAAGUUUUCAUAACUGUGACCUUAAUUGCCUGCCGUCUGUAAGCUGUUAGUGUUUUAACGACUGUUCCACUGGUGCAUGUUCAUUAAUUGUUUAUGGUUCAACAAGCAUGGGAAACAGUGUUUAAACCCUUUACAAUGAAGAUCUGUGAAGUUUUGGAUUUUUACGAAUUAUCUUUGAAAGACAGGGUCCUGAAAAAGGGAUGUUUCUUUUUUUUGCUGAGUUUGAAUUACAAAACAGAAAUGUUAAUGCUCUUCAGUGAAGUUUUGCCCAUCAUAUGUUAGAUACCAUUAUCCAUGAACUCCUGUGGUCUGCCUUCAGAUUUUUCCACAUACCGGACACCAUCACAAACCUGGUGAAGUCGUACUUCCAGGAUCUGCAGUUCUGCUUCACCACCUCAGAGAUCACCACCUCAUGGCAGUGCCUGAAUGUAGGUAUAAUGGCGGGAUGUACCAUUUCUCCGUUGGCAUUCACAAUGGCAAUGGAGGUUAUCAUCAGAUCCUCAAAAUGGGUUGCUGGUGGACAGCGAGUCGACUCUGGUUUCCGCCUCCCUCCACUCAGAGCCUACAUGGACGACAUUACAACAUUGACCACCACUGUCCCAUGCACCAGGAGACUGCUCAAAAAACUUGAGGAGAACAUCAGCUGGGCCCGUAUGAAGAUUAAACCAUCCAAGUCACGCAGCAUCUCGAUUGUGAAGGGAGUACUCUCUGACCUGAAAUUCUUCAUCGGAGAUGACCAAAUCCCAACAGUGUCUGAGCAGCGGGUAAAAAGCCUUGGAAGGUGGUAUGAUGCAAGCCUGAAGGACAAAGACCAGGUGCAACAGCUGCACAAAGAUAUCAGUAGUAGCCUACAGUCCAUCGACAACACCCAGCUACCUGGAAAGUUAAAGGCCUGGUGUCUGCAGUUUGGUCUCCUACCCCGGGUGUUGUGGCCCUUAGCACUGUAUGAGGUUCCAAUCUCAACAGUGGAGAAGAUGGAAAGAGGAGUCACAGGCUACUUAGAAGUGGCUCGGAGUUCCACGAUGCCUUACCACCAUAGGCCUCUAUGGAAAUGGUGUCCUCAAGCUGCCCCUCACCAGUCUAACAGAGGAAUUCAAGUGUGCAAAAACCAGGCUCCAGAUGACACUGAAUGAAUCUCGAGACCCUGUGGUGAGCAACAACGCGCCGACCUUGGCACCUGGGUGCAAAUGGAGGCCAGGAAAAGCAGUCCAGGAGGCAACAGCAGCCCUCAGACAUGCUGACAUUGUGGGUCAUGUUCAGCAAGGGAGAGGAAGCCUUGGGCUAACUAGCCAUGCUGCUUGGAGUAAGGCCACUGCACCAGAGCGGCGGAAGAUGGUAGUGCAGGAAGUACGCCAUCGGGAGGAGGCUGCAAGGUGGGCCAAGGCAGUCUCCCUUGCCAAACAGGGACAGUGGACUCGAUGGGACAGUGUGGAGAAGAGGAAGAUCAGCUGGAAGGAUCUGUGGGCCAUGGAAGCGAGGCGGUUGAGCUUUUCCAUCAGAGCAACAUAUGACGUCCUUCCAACACCAGUAAAUCUUCACCAAUGGUAUGGUGAAGAUCCGGACUGUGCCCUCUGUUCCAUGCCAGCCAACCUCACCCAAACAAGCCUCACCCAAGGACGCUACACUUGGCGUCACAACCAAGUCCUUAAAAACCUUGCGUCCGCCCUGGAGGACAAGCGAGCUGCCACCAACUCCCUACCACCCACAGCAGCAUCACACUCCUUCCGGACAAACUUUGUCCGCGAAGGGGCUAAACCACCGAAGAGCGGCUCUACACCAUUAGAGCGAGACCAGCUGCGCUUGGCCCGCGACUGGAAAAUGCUAGCUGACAUUGGCCGGCAACUUGUGUUUCCUCCGGAGAUCGCAACCACCACCCUAAGACCUGACAUGGUGCUCUGGUACCGUUCACUCAAUAAGGUCUUCAUCAUUGAGCUCACAGUACCUUGGGAAAACUCAGUAGAUGAGGCUUAUGAGCGAAAACAUCUGCGCUAUGCUGAUCUAGCUGCCGAAGCACGGCAUCAUGGCUGGAACAAAGAAGUCCGACCAGUGGAGGUGGGCUGCAGAGGUUUUGUGGCAACAUCUACAACCAGACUGCUUAGAGACCUGGGAAUUAAGGGCCAGAGCCAGUGUUCGGCAAUCAAAGCUGUAUCAGAGGCGGCAGAAGGCAGCAGUCAGUGGCUCUGGAUGAAGAGGAAAGACCCCAGCUGGGCCCCGAAGUGAGAGGGCCAGGAGGUAUGCGGUCAACAAUGCUUGACUCAGGGAGGAGGACGCCCCUGCCAUGCAUAGUCCCAUGGGAUGUUGGCUAUCAACAACAAGGCAACUCCUAUGACUAAUUGGGAAUGGGACGCAAGCGUAGGAUUGAUCACCCUGUCGCUGGCCGCCUUUGGGGAGGGUGUAUAGUGUGAAAGGCCGAAACACCCUAAGAACCAAAAGGUACACUACUGACGAUGCGCUCCCCAAAUUUCACCACGCUCACUGUUCAUUAACUCUUGGAAGUGCUUGCACAAAGGAUAGUAACAUCUCAUCCUGUGUUCUUGGAAUCUAGAUACCAUUAUCUAGGAAACCUAGUUAAACACUUUGUGUAAAGUGUAACAUGUUUCUUGAACUCUAAGGACAAGAAUAACUGUGACAUGUAGGAUAAUGUCUCUAUCACAGGUCACUAAUCAAAUAAUCCUUGCGACAUGCGGCUGUGCAUUAUCAUGCUGAAACACAAGGUGAGGGCAGGGGAUAAAUGGCACGACAAUGAGUCUCAGGACCUUGUAACAGUAUCUCUGUGCAUUCAAAUUUCAACGAUAAAAUGCAAUUGUGUUCGUUGUCCGUAUGCUUCCCCAUACUACAACCCCACCGCCACCAUGAGGCUCUCUGUUCACAACAUGGACAGCAAAUCACUUGCCCACACAACGACAUACACAGCGUCUGACAUCUACCAGGUAGAGUUGAAACCAGGAUUCAUCUGAAGAGCACACUUCUCUAGCGUGCCAGUGGCCAUCGAAGGUGAGCAUUUGCCAACUGAAGUCGAUUAUGACGCCAAACUGCAGUCAGGUCAAGACCCUGGUGAGUACGACAAGCACGCAGAUGAGCUUCCCUGAGACGGUUUCUGACAGUUUGUGCAGAAAUUCUUCAGUUGUGCAAACCCACAGUUUCAUCAGCUGUCCAGGUAGCUUGUCACAGACGAUCCCGCAGGUUUAGAAGCCGGAUGUGGAGGUCCUGGGCUGGCGCGGUUACACGUGGUCUGCGUUUGUGAGUUCAUUUGGAUGUACUGGCGGCUUAUGGUAGAGAUAUUAACAUUAAAUUAUCUGGCAACAGCUCUGUGGACAGUCCUGCAGUCAGCAUGACAGUUGUACGCUCCCUCAACUUGAGACAUCUGUGUCAUUGUGUUGUGUGACAAAACUGCACAUUUUAGAGUGGCCUUUUACUGUCCCCAGCGCCUGUGUAAUGAUCAUGUUUGAUAUGCCACACCUGUCAGGUGGAUGGAUUAUCUUGGCAAAUGAGAAAUGCUCACUAACAGGGUUGUAAACAAAUUUGUUCUCAAAAGAACAUUUCUUGGAUAUUUUAUUUCUGCUCAUAAAACAUUGGACCAACACUUUACAUGUUGUGCUUAUGUUUUUGAUCAGUGUAUAUGAACAAGGUGAAAUAUAUGUCAGUCAUGGUGUCAGAAUUCACUGCUGUAUUAAAGCAAUUCAGAAUUAACUGCUGUAUUAAAGCAAUUCAGAAUUCACUUCUAUAUUAAAGCAAUUCAGAAUUAACUGCUGUAUUAAAGCAAUUCAGAAUUCACUGCUGUAUUAAAGCAAUUCAGAAUUCACUGCUGUAUUAAAUCAAUUCAGAAUUAACUGCUGUAUUAAAGCAAUUCAGAAUUCACUGCUGUAUUAAAGCAAUUCAGAAUUCACUGCUGUAUUAAAGCAAUUCAGAAUUCACUGCUGUAUUAAAGCAAUUCAGAAUUCACUGCUGUAUUAAAGCAAUUCAGAAUUCACUGCUGUAUUAAAGCAAUUCAGAAUUCACUGCUGUAUUAAAGCAAUUCAGAAUUCACUGCUGUAUUAAAGCAAUUCAGAAUUCACUGCUGUAUUAAAGCAAUUCAGAAUUAACUGCUGUAUUAAAGCAAUUCAGAAUUAAUUGAAUGUCUGAUGUAUUGUUGUCUCUACCUUCGUGCCCUUUGUGUUGUUGUCUGUGCAUAAUAAUGUUUUGUUCUGCUACCAUGUUGUGGUGCUGCCAUGUUGUGUUGCUGCCAUGUUGUUGUCAUGAUGUGUUGCUACCAUUCUAUAUGUGUUGCUGCCAUGCUAUGUUGUUGUCUUAGGUCUCUCUUUAGCUUGUGUUGUCUCUCUUGUCGUGAUGUGAGUUGUCCUAUAUUUUUUGUAGGCCGUCAUUGUAAAUAAGAAUUUGUUCUUAACUGACUUGCCUAGUUAAAUAAAGGUUAAAUAAAAAUAAAUAAAUAACCAGGCCAGCGCUGUGCAGCUCGUUAAAAUAAACAUGUUCUGUUGCAGAUUCAAAGCCAGAUUAACUCAUUGCUGAAUGUAUCCAUAAUCAUGAAUGAGUAAGCAUAUUUAUUUGACAAGAAUCCACCUGGUCACCCAUCAAACACCUUAUCUACAACAAUUACAUUGUUUUAAAGAAAUCAAAAUAGUAAACAAAUUAUACUUAUGCCUUUUAUACAUAACAUAUAAAUAUCUGAAUUUGAGUCAACAUUAAAUUAUUUAUUCACCAAUGCCACAAACCUGGGACAUCGAAGAGCCCCCUUAUGAAUGAUUAUUACUAUCUUCUGCUUUUCCAUUUUAGGAAUUAGACCAGCACUAAUAACACAAAAUGUAAAACAGCAUAUUGAGAUUUUGGUGGGUGAGUUACAAAUGGAAGAACUGGAUGCGUAAGGUAGGUUUUAUAUAAAAUACUAGGUCAACUCCAGCAGAAACACUUAACAGACUCACAACAAGGAUGCCCAGACUAAGUGCAGCUUAUCAACAGCCGUCUUGUCAAUGUAGGUCCAUAUUGCUGAUGUCAAUUGUGAGCACUGCAUUUUCAGUCUGUACCGCAAAAUAUGACAGCAUUAUACAGGUGAAAAAAAGUUUUAAAAAACAGUACACCACAACACAUUUAAACGUGUUACUGGGUCUAGAUGUCAUCAAAUCAGGAGAAGAACAAGUGAAAGGAAGCAGCAGAGGGGAAAUGGGUGAAGGUAGGGUGGGUUUAUAGAGAUAAGAUGGAGAGUUCCAAAAUGUCUGAAGUUGAGGGACCAUGGGCCACAAAAAGGCAUAGUAGUAGCUAGAGAGAUGGUUUGCCAUGGAACAAACAUAAAAUGGGGUGCUGGUGUUCUUCUGCAACCCUUUUAGGUCAUUAUCACAAAUAUCCAAACCCUGGCCAGUCAUAGUCGAGGUCUCAGUUGCAGCAUUCAACUCGGGGUCAUAGUGUGUAUGUGAAUCCCAAUAUUAAAGGUGCACUGUGCAGAAAACACUCCGCCAUUUUCUGGUUGCUAAAAUUCGAAU